AUGGAGUUCAAACUGGAGGCUCACCGCAUCGUCAGCAUCUCCCUGGGCAAGAUCUACAACUCGCGGGUCCAGCGCGGCGGCAUCAAACUGCACAAGAACCUCCUGGUCUCGCUGGUGCUCCGCAGCGCCCGCCAGGUCUACCUGAGUGACCCGUGCCCCGGCCUCUACCUGACCGGUCACCCGGGGGCCCCGGCGGCGCCGCAGCAGCCCGAGGAGUCGGCGGCCGGGCCACCCGCGGGCUGGGGGGAGCCUCCUCCGCCGGCCGGCCGUGCCGCCUGGCCGGAGCCCGAGCCUCAGCCGGAGCGCCCUGCCGUCCCAGAAGUGCCAAGGGCGGGUGACGCGGAGCCCGCGGCCACGGUGACGGCCGCCGGGGACACUCUUCAGGGCGGAGAGACGGAGGCGCCGGAAGCUGCCUGGCGCCGCGUGGAGGGACCGCGAGAGACGGCGGUCGGAGCCGGGGGUCCCGCCGGAGUCUCUGGGGUCUGCCCCGAGGGGCCCGAGGCAGCGCGCGGCCCCUGCGGCUGCCCCGCGGGGGAUGAGGACAAGCUGAGCGCGGCCCCUCGCGUGGACCGCUGCCUCGCGUCGCGCCCCGCCGCGGCUGAGCCCCCCGCGUCGCCCCCUGUCUGCGCCAGAAAGCGCGGCGCGGCAGGGGUGGGCGGCGGCCCCGCGGACUGCCCGGCGCCCGGCUCGACCCCGCUCAAGAAACCCCGCCGGAACUCAGAGGAACAGCCGGGCGGGGCGGCGGCGGCCGCGGAGGAGGAGGAGGAGAUGGAGACCGGUAACGUGGCUAACCUCAUUAGCAUCUUCGGUUCCAGUUUCUCGGGACUCUUACGGAAAAGCCCCGGGGGCGGCCGGGAGGAAGCGGAGGGAGAGGAGAGCGGUCCGGAAGCCGCCGAGCCCGGGCAGAUCUGCUGCGAUAAGCCGGUGCUGAGAGACAUUAACCCUUGGAGCACUGCCAUCGUGGCUUUCUGA